AUGACGCAUAACCAGUUAGCGUCCUGCUACAGCAUCAGUCAGGGCCACAGCCUCAUGCAGAAGUUGAAGGAGAUGAGUCGAGACGACCAGAUGACGCUCACGGCCUUUGUGCAUGAGUUUCCAGAGCACUUCGAAACCGUCGGCAGUAACCAGCUCAAGGCCAGACCUGCACAGCAGCCUGAGUCGAAGGCGCCCUGCCAGCCCGAGCCCGGCGCAGAGCAAGAGCGAGAGCAAGGGGAGCGGCUCGGUGCCGCGGCCCUCGCCGAGCCGAUGCGCUACUCGGAGCUCUCGCGCAGCCUCCGAGCUCUCCUCAGUUCUGGGCCCGGGCGGCCCUUGCCCUUGGACGAGCUCGACGCCCUCUUCAUCGAAAGGUACAAAACCUCGGUCUCUGCCGUUGCUGGAAUGUCCCUGGCGGAGUAUUUACAGAGGAAGGACAGCCUGUUUGAGUAUGAGCCGGUGCAGCAGACCGUAAAGCUGUUGGAUAGGGGUGCGACAGUUGCGGCGGGUGAGAUGGAUGAGAGUUUCGUUGUGAGGGAGUUCGUUCAACUCAUAGAGGCUUUGGGCCCCGUCACCUACAUCUCCACACUCUGCGGGAAGUUCAUUCAGAGGAAUGGGAUCUCGGUAACCAGUGUGAUCUCCAGUCGACCUUUGGAUCUCUUCAAGCGGCACCCAAACUCCUUCCUUGUGUUGGGAGCUGGCAACGUAACACUGAAGAAGUACGAAAGCUUGCCAGAAGUCCAACGACUGAUGGAGACGGCAGUUCCAAAGGCUCGCCGCGGCGUGAAACCUGCGGAGGCUGAGGAGUCCGCUUUUGAGGUUCCGGACAUACUCACAGAACAACAUGUUGUGGAGGAGUUUCGACGCUUAAUCCUUGCAGACGGUGUGGACUCCGUGUACAUUUCAUCGCUUUGUGGGCGCUUCUUGCAGCGCUUCAAAAAGCUGGUGACUGCCAUCAUUGACGGCAAGCCUGCAGAGUUUUUACGCAGGUAUCCUGAGAUCUUUGUCAUGACCGGUGGUGGAAACGUGGGUCUUCGUGAGGUUUUGGGGGCAGAUGCCGUCUCCGUCCUGCCCCCACCAACACGUACAAAGCCCGUCCAAGAUGACGCAACAGCGCUGCCAUCAGACUUCAACGACAAGGACUUUCGUGACAUAGACUGCAUGUUCGAUGAAGAGAUCCAGAAGGAUGUAAGAGAGAUGUUGGAAGUCCUUCGUCAUCAGCUUGAAAAGGUGUCCUUCCUGGCGGUUGAUUGCGCUGUGGUUGGAGGUCCUGUGGGCCAGGGGUUGCACUGCCGUCACGGUGCCGAAAUAGUCCUCUUUGUGAGGCAACUGCCGUUCAAAAACUUCUCGCAGUGGCUGCCACACCUCGUGGAGACGCUGACGCCGGUUCUGCAGUUUCAGCUGGGCCAGCUUGCUGCCCUAAAAAUUGAUUGUGUCAAGGCAGACAGGGAUCGCGUACACUUCGAUCUUCUAGCAGAGGGGCUCUCCAUUCCCAUCGAGGUCUUGUUGUCACCUAUCUUCAAGAGCCGUGCUCACCUGAUGGAGUGUAUUCGGGAUUCACCUCCAGAUGAGCGCCUCUACUUUUAUGCCGCUUUCGUGCGAGAAAGGAACGAGCUGAUGGCCGGACAAAGUACUGAUGUGAAGGCCAUUAUGAAUUUGAUGUUGUGGUGGGUUUCCGUGCAGCCGUGGUCAAUCGCAUCGGUGCGCCCGACAAAGUGGCUUGUGCAGCUCCUGACGCUGCGCAGCUGCCGGAAGGUCCAGAGCGAUCGCAGCAGGCUUGUGGCGGCGGUCCUGCGGAGCUUCGCGGAUUUGGCGUCGCUGAAGGAGCUCUGGGAGGACGCAGACACAUCUCUGUGUCUCUACGUCUCCCAGGAUGUGUGGAAACCUUUGCUCGGACAGAGGCCGCUGGUCAUGGAUCCCGUUAAUCCAUUCUGCAAUCUCCUCGACGGUUUCGAUGGUAGCGAGCUGAUUAAGUACGCUCAGCCGCCGGUGUGUUGGAGCGCAUUCAGCGGCCAUGCAGCAGGCCGGCUGGGCGGUGCAUCGUGA